GCCAACUAGUUUAGUUAGUUAAAGUUUAAGGGGUACCUUAUAAUUCCGAUCAUAUUCUGUCUAUGCGGGGAAUUUUUUUUUUUUGUACAAUGACCCAAUAUACAACAACAGCCCAAAUUCAGAGAAAUUAUCAGCCCACUAAAAUAACCUCACUAACCGGCCCGUUUUCUUUUGCCUUGCUUUUUGUCUUUACGACGUAAAACUCAGCGGCAGUAGAAAUUAGAGAGUAUAAAUAUAUACCUCAUUCAAUUCAAUUUCCAAAUAAAAUUAUCACUCAACUGCGAGAAAAUGGAGGGAAAGCGUUCAACUCCAAAAACCAGCGAUUUGCUUCACAAAAUCAGAGAUUUUAGUCGUUCGAUUCUCGUAGAUAUUUGCAAUGGCCGAUCUCCAGUGGUUUUGAUCAAUAAAUUCAGAACUUACUGCACGAAUUCUGCUGAAAAUUGUUUAUGCAGCUCCAGUUUGCCAGUAGGAACAGAGGUACUUACCUUGCGAAGGCAACCACAUGCUCAUAGGAUAGAUAUUUUGCUAAGGGUGUUGCUAAUAGUUCAGCAGCUUCUACAAGAAAACAAACAUGCGUCAAAACGAGAUAUAUAUUAUACUUAUCCAUCUUUAUUUUCAGAUCAGUCUGUUGUAGAUCGUGCCAUAAAUGAUAUAUGCAUACUCCUUGAGUGUAGUCGCCACAAUUUAAAUGUAGUAUCUGUCGCAAAAGGGUUGAUGAUGGGCUGGAUUAGGUUUUCUGAAGACGGAAGGAAGUUUGAUUGCAUAGCUAAUCCUAAUACUGCUCAACCUGUUCCUGUCCAAGUUGAAGAUGUUCAAGAUAUUCUUAGUUUUGCUGAAUACGUCUUAGUUGUGGAGAAGGAGUCAGUUUUCCAGAGACUGGCGAAUGAUAAAUUUUGCAGCCACAAUCGAUGCAUUGUUAUUACGGGACGUGGAUACCCAGAUGUUCCUACAAGAAGAUUUUUGCGCCUCCUUACUGAGAAGCUGCAUAUUCCUGUAUAUUGCUUGGUGGAUUCUGAUCCAUAUGGGUUUGACAUCUUGGCCACUUAUCGAUUUGGCUCUAUGGAAAUGGCGUAUGAUGUGGAAUGUCUCUGCAUACCGGAUAUCUGCUGGCUUGGUGUUUUUACAUCUGAUUAUGAAAAUUAUGCACUUCCCUCACAGUGUCUCCUUCCCUUGACUACUGAAGAUAAGAAGAAAAUUGAAGCACUGUUACAUAGGUGUUACCUGCAGCAUGAGGAGCCACAUUGGAGACUGGAACUAGAGAAGAUGCAGGAUAAAGGUCUAAAGUUUGAGAUUGAAGCAUUGUCUGUCCACUCACUUUCCUUCUUGUCAAAGGAGUACUUGCCAUCAAAAAUCCAAUGCAUGUCCCAAAUGUCUCGUUUGAUGUCGUUUUGAUGGACUAUUUUUCCUUGUCUCCAGUUCCGUUGCAACCAGGUAC